AAAUUGUCUUUAUUUAUAGAUAUAUAAAUAUACACGUAUUUGUAAAUUUUCUUGAUUUAUAAGUUUAGUACAACAGAAAAACCGUUGGCGGUUUGAGCAAGGACCAAUUUUGUUUCUUGUUUUUAUUAUCAAUUCAAAACAAAUAAAUGCAGAGAUUAUAGAACAUGUCUUCAACUACAAUAGAGCAAAACAUAAUAGAGUUAAGUAUUAGUAAAGACAAUCAACCCAUCAUCAAUUUUCUGCGAGAUGUAAACAACAAAGAUAUUAUUGAUAUGAUUGACAGAACUGUGAAUUUGUCCAUAUUUAUAACAAUUCUCAAUCACCUUUUGGAAACACUGAGCAAUUCACAAGAUUUCGAUGAGAAGAGGUACAUCAGCAUCCAAUGCAUAUUGAAAAACAUCAAUGAGGGUAAAGUCAAGAAUCAGAUACAGAUUGUGAAGAUAGUGAACAGAGUAUGCUUCGAAUUAACCAAGCUGAAGGUGCCACAGAUCAUAGAGCUCUGCCAGAUGUGCACAAAAGAAAUACAAAAGGGAACGGAUACAGAUAAUGUUUGGAAGGAGUUAUUACCUGUUUUGGUAAACAUUUUGGAGGAGAAUGUUUGUGUUGAAUUUAAUGGAGAAGAACUAACUGGGAAAGAAUUCAAGAACCAUCUGAUCAAAACAUUAAUUAUGAUGGACUGGUCUGCUAAUAUUGUCACUUCUCUUACAAUAAUGUUCAGUGAAAUCUUAUUGGAUAAAGAUCAGCAUCAGCAGGUUGUGAGAAAACUUUGUGAUCAAAUUGAGAGGAUGACACCACAAGAAAUCCCAAUGUUAAUCUAUCAAUUACUUGGGCUAUGCAAGAAACAGAACAGUCAAAUUAUUUUUAUAAAGCUGCAGAGUUAUUUUAACAUAAGAAUAUACAGCAAUAAGGAAUCAGUUAACUCUGAUAGAAAUAGUAUGGAUGUUAUAGGAGAUUCAAUUGACAUUGCUUAUGUAAAUGCUGAAAGCACCAUUCUAUACCAUGUACAUCAAUAUGCCAAUUCUGGUUAUGACACCAAAGAAUACUUGAAUACACUAAAGACUUUAACUAAGACACCUGAAUAUGUCUUGCAUCCAUUUCAAUUAACAUUUCUUCUCACGAUAUCCACUAUACCAUUUUACGAGAAGAACGUCUUUGAUAUAAUCAAAGCUGCAAUAUUCCGAGCUCUCAGCGAUGAUCAGAAGAGGCAGGAGUCGAAGUGGGUUAGAGAUAUGAUACCUGCUUUUGAUGAUAUAGAGAAAGUUAUACAAACUAUAAUAGAAUGCAGCGUCGACGAAAGAGAUGUUGUGGUGCAAGGAUUGGUGAAUUUAACUUUUGUGCUACUGUCGACAUCAAGCAGCAUUGGUAGGGAACAUCACGUGGAGAAGAUGUGGUCUAUCGGGAAGAACAUCAUCAAGGAGUUGAUUAAGAAGAAACGCGAUUUAUCGCAAAUAAUUAUCCAAAAGUUAUGUAAUUUGAUAAUCACAGGACAGAAUGUUCAUCAAUAUAUCCGAUGUUUGCAGAUGAUUUCAAAACGCUUUGGUUUAACUUUUUUGGAGAACCAAAAAUGUAUAGUGGAAUUGAUUGAACAGUCCAUUCAAGUAUCAGGGCCUGUCGCUAGUGAAAUCCUUGAUGUUAUAUUGCCAUUAACAAAGCUGUCUCACACUACAAGAGACAAUCUGAUUUUGAUGUUACGCAAAGGAUUACAUUCUAAAUGCAUUGAGACUAGACAAAUGGCAGUUGUCGGUUUCAUUAAAUUAAUAAAAAAUCUGAAGAUAAGUAAUUCCGCUGCAUUGCAAAACUAUGAAAAUAGCUUCGAUUCUGGGAUGUCCGUAUUAUCACAAAUUUCCUUAACUUUGACUGGCAGAUCUAUGUGCGCUGGAGUAACAAACGAAGCUUUGUGUCUUGAAAUUCUGGGAAUCCUGCGGAGGUGUUUCAUGCAACAAGCUGAUGUUAAAGCUAAACUCUACGACAAUUUGUAUGAAACGAUCUGCGUGAAUCAGGAUUUAUGCCAACCUCUAUUGGAAUUGCUUUGGUCGCAUUUCAGUUCAUUCUACGUUGUUGACGUUGCAAUUCUUCCACCUUUAAAUUUCUCGAAUGCCAUCCAAAUUAAAGACACUGACGCUAUCUUAACAGAACGGCUUGGUAAACUGAUUUUCACCAUUGCGAUGAUCAUUUGUAAACGCAGAUCCAUUGGUGAUACUAGUCCAAUGCUGCAGAAAUUCGUGGAUGUGUUUGAAAUAUUAUCCACAAAAAUGACACAAUGCGAUCUGGAGCAUUUCGAACUAGAUGAUGGAACGGAUUUGUUGGACAUCUUACCGGAAUCCCAGAAGAAAAUGUUGAUUUUAAAGGAGGUCAUGUCAACUUAUGAAGCACUGAUUAGCUAUAAUCUGUGCGCUUGGAACUUGGAUUCGACCUCUUCUGGAGACACGAUUAAGCAACUUUUUACAGGUUAUUGCAGAUUGAAUGAUUUCUCUAAGUCAUUAAACAAGAAGAAAGACAAAAAGAAGAAAGCGGAUGCUAACAAAAGUACAGAAAAUCAAAACGAAACUUCACGAAAAGAAGGCGGUUCCGAAAAACGUGUUUUCAAACCUCCAGAUACCGUCAUGACUUUGGAUGUUGCCAGCAAGUUGCUAACUUUGUUGCAUCAGACUUCUGUGGAUUGGUCAUGUCCAGAGCAAGCCAAUAUUUUGAAGAGAAACAUUUUGUUUCACCAAUACGCUUUACAAGCGGUCCACAAUUUAUUUAUAAGCUUAAAACAAGUAAAAUACUUGGAAGAAGAUAAGAAGAGCACGCAUUUCGAUUAUUGCAUGGAAAUUGCUAAGCUUUUAUUCGUCAGAUGUAUACAGCGUUUCGAUGAAAUUUCCGAGUUUGACUACGGGACAGCCCUUUUAUCUUUGGAAGUUUUCAAUACAAUUUUGCAGGUUGUCAAUUUGCAUUUCAAGAAUCAUUGGUUGAAAUUCCUAAAUGGAAUAUGCGAUUUAAAAGAAACUAAUAUUAAUUUGGCUAUAGAAAAAAUCUUAAGCAAUUAUUCAAAGUUGCUAGAAGCUAGCGAUGAUGACUCUGCGCAGGAUGCGGAAGUGGCGAAGCUUAUUAUUAAUGGAUUUUUGAUGGUCGGAGCUCAAAUCGCUGGAAAAACGAAUUGCACGAUUGCUAAUAAAAAUAUCGAAUGGAUGAAGCAAAUGACGGAAGAUCGUAAAUUGUUCGGAAAAGCGGUUGUAAACAGCUUCGUCACCUUCCUUUUCAAACUAUAUACCAAGCAUAAGCUCUCGACAACAUUGCAAUCGAGCUUUGCCACCAAACUUACUGAUUUCUUCGGUAGAAUUUCGGAUGAGGAAAAAGAGGAUGGAUGUGUAACAGGUAUCUUCAAUGAAGCUGCAUCUACCACAGUUUUCUUGUGCUUAUGCAACGAAAUGAAAUCAAUGUUGGAUGAUGUGGAUUGGAUUAUCUUAAGAAUAAAGGCCGAGGCGACUUGGAUUUCUAUUCCAGCACAGAUUGAUAUGGAACAAAAACGAGAAUCGCUGAGAUCAAAGGAACGUAGCUUGUCUUGUCAGCUGUGCCAAAUAAUUAGUAUAAUGAUUGAUAUUAAUGAUGUAUCCAUGCCUAUGGGCCCUUGCUGCGAGAUGGUUUUUAAAAUCAAUACUAAUCUUUACCAAACUCUUUGCAAUUUAACAAAGUAUUUUACUAUGCGAUCCAGUAAACUUAAUCCAGCAUUUCAGGUCGCAAGAUUUAACAACGUUGUUAAAGAUACUGGUAAAUCUUUAUCCCCUGUUGUGAAUAAGUUGAUCUUAUAUAUGGAUCAUAACCAAAUUGAAGGGAUUGUAUCUAAGAAAAAGGAUGCGAAAUUGUUGAAGAAUAAGGUGCUGAAGGAAACAAAAUUAUUGCCCAAAUUGAUUUUGGAAAUGGAAACAUUCAGCUCUUUAGUGAUCAAGUUAUCAAAGAAAACGAAUAUUGAUCUGUUCAAAUACGUUGGUCAAGGAACAGCGCGAGAUUUUCGAAUAAAGGAUUUGAAAACUGUAUUAGCAGAGAAACGUCAGAGCGAUGAAAACGCAGAUUCGUCCGAAGAUGAAGAGCCGCUAUCUAAAAAGAAUAGAACAUAAAAUGAAAACAUUGUAUAUAUAACUUAUGUUCUUUAUUGAUUGAUUAAACUUAUUUUAUACAAAUAUAUUUGUUAAAAAUGAAACAAUGUUAUUGUGGAGGUAUGAAGUGAAGAUGAUUAACUUGAACAUGGGUUUAUCAUAGACCCGCAGAGAGAAAAAAAACUAUUGUGAGGUAAAACUUGAAGUAAUUAAUAUAUUUAUA